AUGACGGACAAUUCUCGUGGAGCAUGGAGUAACCAAAUUCAAUUUGUACUCACUUGCAUUGGAUUUUCAGUUGGUUUGGGUAAUAUUUGGAGAUUUCCAGCUAUGGCCUACGAAAAUGGGGGAGCAGCAUUCCUCAUACCUUAUUUGACUUGUUCUGUUCUCGUUGGACUUCCAUGUUUGUAUCUUGAAUUCUUCAUUGGCCAAUCCACACAAUCUGGGCCAUCGAAAGCGUUCUGGUAUUGUAUGCCAGCACUUCAAGGUGUAGGUUGGACAAUGUCUCUUCUGAGUUUAUUAACAGGAUGUUACUAUAAUCUAGUGGUGGCUUGGUGUCUUCGGUAUAUUUUUGAUGUGAUCACCUUUCAAUCAUCAAAAUGGACAACUUGCAAUAACUACUGGAACAGCGACAGUGAGUUUUGCCAGCAUUCCAUACAAUCUCUUAUUCAGACAGUCCCCUUUAUCAAUUUAUCCAUGGAUAGAAUCCAUUCAGAUAAACCCAUAACGGGGUCGCCUGGACCAGAAACUGAAAACUCUCACUUCAGACAUCGUUUAUUCAACAUGUCUGCCACGAUGGACCAGUAUGGCAUGUUUAAUUGGGAGAUGUUCGUUGCACUGUUGAUUGCCUGGAUUAUAACGUGUCUGUCAAUAAUCAAAGGAGUUUCAGUUAUCGGGAAAAUCUCAUUUUUAACCGCUACUUUACCUUAUGUUAUAAUAGUGAUAAUGUUCAUUCGUGGGGUGACAAUGGAUGGAGCCAAGACAGGAAUAGACUACUACUUGCUGAAGCCAGAUAUGAGUGCUGGUCUCUAUGAGGAUCUCCCUCCUUUUCUACACUUCAGUUUAGAAAUUGGUUUCGGUGGCCUGCUCGCUCUCGCUUCUUAUAAUAAAAAGGAUCACAACUGUUUUCGGGAUGCUAUCAUCGUGAUUUUGUGCGACAGCCUUAUGAGUAUAAUUGGUGGUGUUGCGGUUUUUUCAACUCUCGGAUCAUUGUCAAAAUCGACUGGAAAACCAAUUGAUGUACUCUUCAGUUAUGACGCGAUCAGUACUAUGCCUGUUCCCGAACUGUUCGCAUUCCUAUUUUUCUUCAUGCUUUUUCUUUUAGGUAUUAGCAGUCAAUUCGGUGAGUCUAUUGAUAUCUUUUGGAAAAGGUACUAG